AAGGGUGGAGGUGGAGAAGUCCUACCUCAUCAGACGCAACGAGGACAACUUGCAUCUGAACGACUUCACUGAUAAUAACUGCAACCUGAGCACACACUCCAACACAACCCACCUGGUGGCUGUCAUGUCGCUUAACACAUGUGGAACCGUCCUUGAGGAGGAUGAAAACAACAUCAUCUACAAGAACGAGAUCACAUCUGCUGACCCAAAUGAAAUCAUUUCCAGACAGCAUGAUGUCGACAUAGCCUUUUCCUGCAUCUAUCCAAAGAUAACCAACCUGACUCUGGGGUUCAAGCACAAGAACCCAUACGCCUUCUCCGAGAAGGGCUUCGGUGCUUUCACGUUCCAGUUUGAAUUCUUUGAGAGCCAGCGCUUCAGAACACAAGUUGAUGCCAGCACUUACCCGGUGGAGGUGUACCUCAAACAGAUGAUGUUCAUGCAGAUCGAAGCAACAACCUCCAUCCCAAACACAGUGCUGUUUGUAGAGUCCUGUAAGGCCACGCCAUAUGACAACCCAAACUCUCGCAUCAGCUACACCAUCAUCGAACACGGGUGUGCAAGAGACAACACAGUGCAAAUCUACCCCAGCUCCAGAACUCAAUUCAGAUUUGGAAUGGAAGCUUUUGAGUUUAUCGGCGCUCAUGCUGAGGUGUACAUCACUUGCUCUGUCAUGCUGUGUGAGAACGGCGUUGCCGGGACCAGGUGCUCGCAGGGAUGCAUCCAGUCCGGCUCAGGGACCCGUCGCAGCAGAAGAGAAGCUGUGGCCGAGACUUCCAGCCACUCCAUUUCCCAGGGUCCUUUGCACCUGGUUAAAACUUCUGACAGCCAAGCGUCUCGGCCGAGCCUUAAUCUGGGCCUGAACCUGGUCUUCAUUGUCGGCUGCCUCCUGGCGUGUGGAGUGGUGAUCUACCGAUCAAGGAGGUCCAGAGCUAAAUACCAACAGCUGCCAACCUCUGAGACCGACUGAAGACAGAGGCGACGUCUUGAUCCGCAACACUACUGCAAUAGUCUGUGUUUUUUUAUAUAUCAUUUUUAGGGUGUUGGUGGUUUGAGUUCCAAAGUGUAAAGUUAAUUUCAAAGAUUGAGACAGCAGGAAGUGUAUAAACAGACUUCUUGUGAAUAUUAUUUUUGGGGCUUUUGGUAGAACAUCGUAGUUGUUCGAUAUAUCAACUUGAUAAUGAAUAUGAUAUGUUUCUCACACUGUUGCGGAUAAUUGUAUUUUUGGCUGUUUGUGCACAAUGAUUUUAGCUAAUUCAGAUUUGACUGAUGCUUUUUGAUGAGUGAAUGAAAUAAGACAUUGUUAAACUCUUUAAAUCUUAAAUCAUUAAGAUCUACUGUAUUUCUUGCCAUUGUGCUACACCAAUAAAUUUGCCUGGCUUUGCCCUAUAUUAUUAACAAAAAUAUAAAUCUUGUGGUGCAUCAAUCCAUGGCAAUUUUAUAUAAAAAAAAAUGUGCCAUUUGUAUUUGCAGAAAUUAUUGUGUUAUUAAUUGUAAUGAAGGCUCCUGUAAAGUGCCAUCAUUCCACCUUUAUCUCAUAAAGCAGCUCAGGAAUCUGAAGCAUGAGCAAUUGUAAAAGAUCCCAUCUUGAAGCUUGACAGGCACAGUGCUGAAUUACUGGAAUUGCUGUUGUUUCGAGCUGGCAGUGUACCAGCAUCACUCCUGUGGUGGAAAUU